AUGAGUUCUCGCUUGUUUCUAUUUUGUCUCAUGCUCAUUGGUUGCAUGCUUAAUAUUGUCAUAGUAGUAUCUGCUCGCAGCCUCCUAGAUCUUCCUAAGUUAGAGGGAUCUACAGGCGCCUUACCCAAUCUUUUUAACCCCACAUUGCCUAAACUACUAAAUCCCAUGAUUUCUACGCAAGGUCGCAGACUCCUAAAUCUUCCUAAGUUGGAAGUACCCACAACCACCUUGCUCAAUAAUCUUAAUCCUAAAUUGCCCAAACUUCAAAAUCCCAUGACUUCAGCGCUAGGCCGCGGUCUCUUAGAUCUUCCUAAGUUUGAAAUGCCUAGGUGGCUCAAUAAUCUUAACCCAACAUUGCCUAAACUUUCAAAGCCCACAACUCCAACAUCAGGCCGCGACCUCCUAGAUCUUCCUAAGUUGGAAAUACCUAGGUGGCUCAAUAACCUUAACCCCACAUUGCCCAAAUUUACAAGUCCCACAACUCCAACGUCAGGCCGUGGCCUCCUAGAUCUUCCUAAGUUAGGAGUGCCAACAACCACCUUGCUCAAUAAUCUCAACCCCAAAUUGGCCAAACUUCAAAAUCCCAUGACUUCAACGCAAGGCCGCGGCCUCCUUGAUCUUGCUCAGUUGGAAAUGCCUAAGUGGCUCAAUAAUCUUAACCCCAUGUUGCCCAAACUUACAAAUCCCACAACUCCAACGUCAGGUCGUGGCCUCCUAGAUCUUCCUAAGUUGGAAGUGCCGACAACCACCUUACCCAAUCUUCUUAACCCAACAUUGCCUAAACUUUCAAAGCCCACAAUUCCCUCUGCAGCUCGCGGCCUGCUAGAUCUUCCUAAGUUUGAGAUUCCUACACUCCCUUGGGACAAGCUUCCUAUUUCGACUAAGCCUCCUACUCCAACACUUCCCAAACUUCCUAAAACCACAAGACCUAACCUUCCUUGA